UUAACAUAUUUAACAUAUAUACACCUUUUUAUUAUUAUUGAUAAUGUCCCUCAAGAGCUUUAUUUCUGUCCCAAAGGACUCUCACUUUCCUAUCCAAAACAUUCCAUUUGGUGUCUUUUCUACUGCUGAAAAGUCCCCUCGAGUAGGUGUUGCUAUUGGAGACCAGAUUCUCGAUCUCUAUGAAGUAUCUUCUGCCGGACUAUUGGACAAUGUCAAGGGUCUCAAGGACCCAAAAGCUGUAUUUGGACAAUCAACCCUAAACACAUUCAUGUCCUUGGGCCGUCCUGUGUGGAGAUCCACGCGUUCUGCUAUCCAGGAGCUAUUGUCUGAAAAGAACCAGCUCAAAGAUAAUUCUCAGCUUCUUGGCCGUGUUCUUGUUCCUCAGUCAAAGUCACGUAUGCAUUUGCCUGCAAAGAUUGGUGAUUAUACCGAUUUCUACUCUUCUCGUGAGCAUGCUACCAAUGUAGGUAUCAUGUUUAGAGGAAAGGAUAAUGCCCUUCAACCCAAUUGGCUCCAUCUUCCUGUUGGAUAUCACGGACGUUCUUCUUCGAUUGUUGUGUCUGGAACAGAUAUCCAUCGUCCAGCAGGCCAACGUUUGCUUUCAAAGGACAAGCCUGUACCUUCAUUUGCCCCAUCUGCCAGACUUGAUAUUGAAUUGGAAGUCGGAUGGUUCGUUGGCACUGGGAAUGAGCCUGGCCAACGUAUUGAUAUCAAAAACGCCAAGGAACACAUCUUUGGAAUGGUCUUGGUUAAUGACUGGAGUGCACGCGAUAUCCAGGCCUGGGAAUAUGUACCUUUGGGUCCGUUUCUUGGAAAGAACUUUGGCACCACAAUUUCACCAUGGAUUGUUACUCUUGAUGCACUCGAGGAGUUUGUCGUGCAGGGUCCAACCCAGUCUCCUGAACCCUUGGCUUAUCUUAAGGAAACUGUGCCUUCUGCAUAUGAUGUCAAAUUAGAAGUGCAUAUUAAGCCCGCCGAGUCCACAAAGUUUCAGACUGUUUCUGAGUCCAACAUGAAGUACAUGUACUGGUCAAUCACACAGCAAUUGGCACAUCAUACAGUAGGUGGUUGCAAUAUGCAGCCUGGUGACAUGUGUGCUACUGGUACUCUCUCUGGCCCGGAACCCGGUUCUUAUGGAUCUCUAUUGGAAAUUACUUGGAGUGGUGCCAAUAAGAUUCCAUUCGAUAACGGAGUUGAACGUCUAUUCCUUCAGGACGGAGAUGAAGUCAAUCUAGUUGGAUAUUGUGACAGUGCUUCUGGCUACAGAAUCGGUUUCGGUAAUUGCCAAGGAAAGAUCCUGCCCUGUCCUUACAGUGCAUAAAAGAUGAAUUUC